GUUUAGGGCAGUUUCGUAAGCGAAGACCAGCGUUCUUUGGUUUCGGUGGACAGUGGAAUCGAAAUUUGGAGCUCUUUCUUUGGGUUAGAAGAGAACCAUGGAUCCUUCAGAAAUGAGAUAUUUAGAGGAUAAUGACACUGCAACGAUGAAGACGAUCAAGGGUGCGACUUCGGGCUUAGUUGCUGGGACUAUUUGGGGAACAAUUGUUGCGACUUGGCACGAUGUGCCUCGUGUUGAGAGAAAUGUUGCGCUUCCUGGCCUGAUAAGGACUCUGAAGAUGAUGGGUAACCAUGGUUUGACCUUUGCUGCAAUUGGAGGGGUUUAUAUUGGCGUGGACCAGAUGGUUCAGAAGUACAGGAUGAAGAGAGACUUUGUUAAUGGAGCUGUGGGUGGAUUUGUUGCUGGAGCCACCGUUUUGGGUUUCAAAGGGAGGAGUAUCAAGACAGCAAUUUCUGCUGGAGCUGCCCUGGCUGUCACUUCUUCUCUCAUUGAUUUUGGUGGUCAAACCACGAGGUUCGAUGUAGGGAAGGAGUACUACCCGUACACCACCGAGAAGAGGCCCUCCACUAGUUGAUUGUCCCUCAGUUCUUGCUGUGAAGAAGUAAUGGGCGUCCCUGGAAGCCCAGUUAUUCUUCUA